AUGUGGUUUUUGAGGUUAUUUAAUUUUGCGGUAAUCGCUUCUGUUGUUUUGUAUCUGGGUGUUGAUGGACGAUCGGAGGCUCGAGAUCGGAUUAGCCAUGUCUAUGCGGUCGAAAAUCCAGUAAUAAAUACGCGGAAUCAGCAAGUGAAUCACGACUCGUCCUUUGAUUUGUUAUUCUCGCUGCAGGAUGAAGCGCCCCGUGUGAAGCUAUCUCUCGAACCGAACCACAACAUUCUGGGCGGAGAGGCAUAUGUUGAAUAUCUGGAUGGCGAGGGAAAGGUACGGCAUGCGGAGCCCAUCGAUAGGUUAGUACACAAGGUGUUCAAGGGGAAAGCAUGGAUAGAAUCAAUAACUGGGGAAUGGAUGGAAGGUGGAUGGGCAAGAGUGUAUGUGAAAAGGGAUGGAACAUCGCCUUUGGUGGAGGGGGCAUUCAGCAUCUUUGGAAAUCAACAUCAUAUCCAGCUACAGAGUAGCUACAUGCAAACGAAACGCGACAUGGAUCUCCAUUUUAACGAAGGGCCGGAGGAGCGGAUGAUUGUUUACCGGGACUCGGACAUGGCUUCGGAAGAGAAAAGAGAUGGCGAUGAAGGAAGAUGCCAGUCGGACCAACUGGCUUUCAAUGUUGGGCCAGAGAAUCCACUCUCCGCGAGGGCUGGCAUGAGCUGGAACAGUGCAGCGUUGGGAUCUCUCGCAAACCGUCAACUUAUUCCAGGAGGAAACUCAGGAUAUGGGGAUCUGCGAAACAGCAUUGGAUCAACUGAUGGAUGCCCAACAUCCGGCCGAGUAGCAUUGGUUGGAAUCGCAACAGACUGUUCCUAUACAGCAUCAUUCGCAAGUGCGGAAGCUGUGCGAGAAAAUAUUAUCUCCAUGGUCAACACCGCCUCGGAUGUGUAUGAGCGGACCUUCAACAUCACGAUCGGACUGCAGAACUUGACGAUUAGCGAUGCGCAGUGCCCUUCGUCGGCUGCUGAAUCUGCACCUUGGAACGUGGCGUGUACGACGACUGAUGACAUCGAAGAUAAGCUGGAGCAGUUCUCGGAAUGGCGAGGAACUCGGGGUGAUAACAACGCUUACUGGACUCUGAUGAGUAGUUGCCGGUCUGGAGGGACGGUCGGUAUUGCCUGGCUAGGGCAGCUAUGCGUCUCAAAUCUUCGAGGAUCUGGUCAACAGUCUGUGACUGGAGCGAAUGUGGUUAUCAGAACUACUGGAGAAUGGCAGGUUUUCGCCCACGAGAGCGCACAUACCUUCGGAGCUGUUCACGACUGUGACGCUAGCUACUGUGCAGCUGGUGCAUCCUCUCAGUGUUGUCCCUUCUCCCAGUCUGGAUGCGAUGCAAACGGGCAGUUCCUGAUGAACCCGACAUCCUCGAGAUCCAUGACAGAAUUUUCUCAAUGCACAAUCGGCAACAUCUGCUCGAUGAUGGGUAGUAACACAGUCCGUUCGAGAUGCCUGGUUGACAACGUCGACGUCGCAACGAUCAAUGGUGCUCAAUGCGGCAAUGGAAUCGUGGAAACCGGAGAACAGUGUGACUGUGGCUCUGCUGAAGAGUGUGGCAACAACCCUUGCUGUGAUCCAAGCACCUGUCAAUUCAGAGGCAACGCCGUAUGUGAUGAUGCAAACGAGGCUUGUUGUUCCAGCUGCCAGUUUGCUGCAGCAAAUACAAUCUGUCGAGCGAGCAGAGGUCCAUGUGAUCUCCAGGAAGUCUGUUCGGGAUCGUCAGGAUCUUGUCCCACUGAUGCCUAUCAACCGAACGGACAGACAUGUGGUGACAACUCUGACCAGUUCUGUGCUCAGGGACAAUGUACGAGCCGAGAUCUCCAGUGUCAACAGGUGGUUAUUCAGGGAACGAGUGGCAAUUAUACGAACUCCUGCGACGAUGAUUCUUGCCGACUUCGAUGCUCCCAGAGGACAAAUACUCAGUUCUGCUCGCAGCUGAACCGGAACCUUUUAGAUGGUACGCCAUGUAAUGGAGGGUUUUGCGACAGUGGUAGAUGCUCGAGUGGCUCCUCUUCAACUGGAGACAGCGUCUCAUCAUGGGUGGAUAGAAACAGGAAUCUGGUAAUCGGGCUGUCGGCUGGUCUUGGAAGUUUGGUCUUGAUCAUCCUUGCUUGCUGGAUAUGUUCUUGUUGUCGGAGGAGCAGACGUAGGAAGGCUGCUCCCAUUCCACCACAGAGACCGAUGAUGGGACAGCCGUGGGGUGGUCCGCCACCUCCUGCAUACCCCUCCCCCGCGUACACGACGUUUAUGAAUAGGAAUAAUCCGCCACUGGUUAGAUAUGCAUGA